CAGUUGUGCAGCCAAUCUCGCCUGCGGUGUUCAGUAUCUCUCUGUGUAGAGCAGUAGUAGUCAGCAUGAGUCGUGCGCUAAGUUUGUCCGCCACUGUGCUGCUGGCGGUGGUGGUGCCUCUGGUGAUCGGUGCACCGACUGUGCAUCUGCCGGACCUGUGGUACGGCCAGAACACGCCGGCCCAUCCUGAAGACCCAUCCGGAACCAGCUCGCCGCCGCCGACGACGACCGGCCGGCCGCACAGCGUCGAGCCGACGUGGAUCACGGUCACGAUGAAUCCUGUCGAGGCUCGGUACGAUCCGCCCGGAGGCAGCAUCCAGCCGCCGACCACGAUGCAACCGUACGUCGCCUACGUUCCGGUUCCUCCCGUACCGCCCAACCACGCGGCCCCCGGUUGGCCACGGUACUUCCCGGGUAUGCCCGUACUUCCGCCGCCGCCAUAUCCGUACUCGUACCACCAUCUCUGUGGCCAACAUGCGAACCAAGCCUACCGUCUGCUAUAAAGAAAGUGUUUAGUGACCCGAUCCCGUGUAGCGUGUUACUUGUC